CCCGGGCGGAACCGCCCGGCGAGACCGGGGCGGCGGUUUCCCCGGCAACAGGCCCGGCGUCUCCCGUCCUCUCUCCCUCCCGCCCACGGCGAGGGACGAGCGGCAGAAGGGGCCGGCGCCGGUGGGAGGCGAAGCACAACCCUGCCCUGCCAUGGCUCAUAUACCUAUAGUUGAAUUCCCACCACCACUGAAUGACUUAUCUAGUGUUGAAACACCAGGAUCUGCAGACCAGCCAUCCACCAGCAAUCCAGGGGGAUUGCCAGUGUCUGCACACCAGAUGGUUGUUAAGAACCCACCAGGUUCUGAGGACCAGUUACCUGUCACUGGAUUUCCCUCAUCCAGGGAAACCCCACAGAAUAGCAGAUCACCUGUGGGUCAGAUGCCAGAUUUCAAAGUCAGGAUGUACGUGUCUAGCUCCACACAGGCUGGAGGCAUAGCACUUGAGGCUGUGUCAUCAGCACCUGCAGUCAGCCCAACAAAUACUACAUGUGGAGUACUGGAGCAGCCAGUGGUGUAUGAAGACCCCUUUGAAGUCUGCAUUAAGUAUGUGGAGAAGCAUAAUAUUCUGCAGAUAUUUCAGCUUCUUUGAAGAAUCCCAGUCAGUAACCUCAGCAAGAGAAGGCACUGGUGCAGAUACUCUAGCAGAAGAGGUUGCAUGAAGAAUUAAAAAUGGCAAAAAGUGAGGAUGGCAUACAAAUCUUGCGGGGUCUAUUAGUCUUUGGGAAUGUGGUUAUUGGGCUGUGUGGCAUUGCUCUGACAGCAGAGUGCAUCUACUUUGUGUCCAAGCCCCAAGAUUUCUACCCUCUUCUGGAAGCCACAGGAAACAAUGACAUCUAUGCUGCUGCUUGGAUUGGCAUCUUUGUUGGCUUUGCACUCCUUGCUCUGUCUAUUCUGGGAAUCGUCGCAGUCAUUAAAGCCAACAGGACCUUGCUGCAGGUGUAUAUUAUUCUCAUGCUGAUCACUUUUGCAUUCGAAAUGGCUUCGUGCAUCACAGCAGUAGCUCAUCGAGAUGCUCUCACUCCAAAUCUCUUCCUGAAGCAAAUGCUGGAGAGGUAUGGAACAACAGGGACAGGGAUGACUGCUGAUGUCACAAAUGCAUGGAAUAAACUCAUGGUUAAGAACCACUGCUGUGGGGUGCAGGGUCCCAGUGACUGGCAGAACUACGCAUCCAAAUUCCGUGAAAACCACAGCGACGCCGACUUCCCUUGGCCACAUCAUUGCUGUGUUACAGAUGCCAAAGGGUCUCCAACCAACCUUGAUGCCUGCAAGCUUGGAAUGCCUGGCUACUAUUACAGAAAUGGUUGUUAUGAUGUUAUUUCUGAGCCAAUGAACAAACAUGCCUGGGGUGUUGCCUGGUUUGGUUUUGCCAUCCUCUGCUGGACUUUCUGUGUCCUCCUUGGUACCAUGUUCUACUGGAGCAGAAUUGAAUACUGAAGGCCCAACAUCCUGAGCACUGUCCUGAAGCACCAUCUGAAACUGCAUCCAUUUGUCUCCUACUCCAUUCUCCUCAUGCCAUGGACGAUUUGAAGCUUUCCCACCACCUCUCCCAUAUAUACUUUUGCUACUCCAAAAACUUAACAUACAGAGCUGAUGACUUCAGGAAACAGUCUUCUUGUUCCUUCUUUGCCCCUUGUUCUUCAGCCUUAAUGCCUCCUGGCUGAGGCACAAUCCUUUUUUGGCUGUGCAAGACAUCCUUGGACCACAGGAUAAAAAGUGAUCUGAUUUCUUCUGUGAUGACAUCAGCAAGGAAAAUGUCCAUGUAUGCUUGCUCCAGAAAAAUCUCUCUCUAAAAGCAGGUUGAAUGUAAGUUAUAAAGGCUCCAGCAAGGGCUACAGGGGCAAAACUGUAACCUCCUGUGACCAAUAAAAAUGAAUGAUACGAGGAAGAAGACUGCAAACCUUUCUAAUAUAUUGUAUUGUUCAGCUUCUCUUCUUGGUCUCUGUCACUUCUUGCCUCAGAA